AUGGAGUGUGUUAGCACUGUUAACUAUACUGUUAUGAUAAAUGGUGAAUCCAUCCCACCAUUUGAUGCAGCUAAAGGUUUGAGGCAGGGAGAUCCUAUCUCCUCCUUCUUAUUUGCCAUAGUUAUGGAGUAUCUCAGUAGAAGUCUCAACAGUCUCAAAGAAGUGAAAAGUUUCAGAUUUCAUCCAAGAUGUGCAAAUCUAGGAAUCACACACCUUAGUUAUGCAGAUGACCUCCUUAUCCAGACUGCAAGCAAAUCUGAGGAAAAGCUCAGUGUAUUUUGGUGGAGUCCCCAGACUGUAAGAAGGAAUAUCCUACAACAGCUAGGUUUCACAUUGGGGGAACUGCCUUUCAAAUAUCUUGGUAUCCCACUUGCUAACAAGAAGCUUUCAUUGAUACAAUGGCAUCCUUUGGUAGAGAAGAUAAUUGCAAAGAUUUCUUCUUGGAUAGCAAAGAAGUUAUCAUAUACUGGUCGAGUACAACUUGUUCAAACUGUGCUAUUUGGUAUUCAAUCUUAUUGGUCGCAGCUGUUUACUCUGCCUUCAAAGGUUUUGAAGAUGAUUGACUCAUACAGUAGAAGCUACAUCUGGUCUGGGAUAAAUGUGAUCACAAAAAAGCCUUUGGUAGCCUGGGAUAAAAUGUGUACACCUAAAUCAAGUGGGGCCUAA